CUCAACCCGGUUUCUCACCGUUCUUUGCAAGCACAAACAGUUCCUUACACCAUGAACAGCGAGUUGCACGUCUUAAUCAUAGGCGCCGGCCUUGGUGGUUUAACACUUGCCCAAGGUCUUCGCAAGCAGGGCAUCAGCUUCCAGAUUUUUGAGCGUGACGCCAGCGCCAAAGCAAGAGGCCAAGGAUACGCCGUUGGACUUCACGAUCCAGAAAAGCUCUUUGGUGGCUCUCUUCCUGAUGAAGUCUUUUCAUCCGUCCGGUCAUCAUGUCACCUCCUUCCUCUCCAGCUGCCAUCAUGCCUAGCCAUGUUCUUUCCGGAUGGGCGGGCAGGGCAGGCUUUGGCUCGCGAUCUGGAUAUCCAGUGGGGAAAACGGGCACAGAGGAUUGAGGAGGGGGAGGAUAAGGUGACGGUUUGGUUUGAGGAUGGGACUCACGCGGAGGGGACUAUUCUCGUGGGGGCUGAUGGGACUUUUAGUGCUGUCCGACCACACAUCCUCCGGAAACCAAACUCGGAGGUCUUGGAGAUCUCAACCUCUUCGACACUCACCAUGGGCGAGUGUCGGCUUAAUCGUGCCGAUAUGGAGAGUCAGCUCCAACUGGCUUAUUCGUGCUACGUCGCGUAUGGUCCGGACUUUGUCCUCUUCAGCGGUCUCAACCGCGUCAGCGACGAUGGAUCCUACGGAGACUACUACUGGAUGAUGGUGGAAAGUCGAGAAGUGGGCGAUGAUCACUGGGUCAAGACGGGCACGGCAGAAGAGAGGCUGCGGAAGUCGAAGGAGAGAGUCCAGGCGCUGGAUCCCAAGUUCAGGGUCACGGUGGAAAAAACGGAGGUGGAUGGCUUGAAGAAGGUGGUGGCAUGGUACGAUGCUCUGAUAGAGGAUAUCCCUCCAGUCAAUAGGGUCAUUUUGAUCGGGGAUGCCGCUCAUCCGAUGACACCGGCUCGCGGGGAAGGUGCAAAUCACGCAAUCAAAGACGCAGUCGGCCUAUCCAAGCUUCUUGCCGAAAACAAAGAUCAGCCGAUCGACACCCUACGGCACAAGAUGGAUGAGCUCCAGCGAAGCCUGGUAAGCGAAGGCAAUCAAGCAAUUUUGCUGGCGCGCCAGGUGAUGGCCAAGGCCCGUCAAAGAGAAAGGGUAGAAAAGCCCAUGGUUUGGGGUCACGAGGUGAAGACUGUGGAUGAGGCGGUACCGCUGCCUCUUGAGCUUAAGUAGGGGGUUCGGGGGAGUCAUCCCUUACGUAGCACGUUUAGCGAUCGUGUCAUUCGUGCUUGAAAAACAAAUAGCCAAGCUUCCGCUCCUUUCUACCAUCGUCAAAUCAUGCAGGAACUCGGCCUUUGGUAUCCGCGAUAUUCAGUGAGUGGAGGGAGGGCGAUGAGUCGGAUAGGCGCUAGGUUGACAAUGACCCCAUUUCUUCUUG